GACACCAAACAGAAAAGAAUACAAAACAAUCAUCGCUUCUCAGUUUUCACAUUUAACAGAGAGAAACAAGAGAGAGAGAAAGAAAAAGAGUUUGUUGGUACUACUCGGUCUUUAGGAUCCUUCCUUGUUCGCCUUUUUGCUUCAGCUCUCAUCUAACCUUCUUUUCGUCAACGUUUUCAAUUCCGAUCAAUUCUUCUGAUCGUUGCAUCGAUUACUCUCAUGGCCACCACCGGGAACAAGAACAUCAAUGCCAAAUUGGUGCUUCUUGGGGAUGUUGGAGCUGGAAAGUCUAGUCUAGUGUUGCGCUUUGUUAAAGGACAGUUCAUUGAAUUUCAGGAAUCCACAAUUGGUGCUGCCUUCUUCUCGCAAACAUUGGCUGUAAAUGACGCAACUGUAAAAUUUGAGAUUUGGGAUACAGCAGGUCAAGAGAGGUACCAUAGUUUGGCGCCAAUGUAUUAUAGAGGAGCUGCUGCUGCAAUAAUUGUGUAUGAUUUAACUAACCAAGCCUCAUUUGAGCGAGCAAAAAAAUGGGUGCUAGAACUGAAAUCACAAGGCAAUCCAAAUAUGGUCAUGGCUCUAGCUGGGAAUAAAGCAGAUCUGGUAGAGUCAAGGAAAGUGGCAGCAGAGGAGGCACAAGCAUAUGCCCAGGAGAAUGGCCUUUUCUUCCUCGAAACCUCUGCCAAAACUGCAGACAAUGUCAAUGACAUUUUCUAUGAGAUAGCAAAGAGAUUGCCUCGAGUGCAGCCUGUGCAGAACCCUGCAGGAAUGGUUCUGAUGGAUAGACCUUCUGAAAGGGUAGCAAGCUCAUCUUGUUGCUCAUAGAGAUCGCGUGGUGCUUUUGGUGACCGCCUGCUCAGUAUUUCCAUAAUAGCUUGUGUAACUCACAGUGGAAAAUGACGUAUCAGCUACUGAGUUUCCCAUGUAUGUGUACAUUUAUUCAGAUUUGUAUAUGCAGUUUGCUUAGAUACCUUCCUUCACAAGGUGUGAAAAUCUUAUGGAGAUUGUUCUUUAAUUUCAUGUAAUGAAAUGGUCUGGCAUGUUGACUCUGAGCUGCAAGGUCUGGUAUUGUUAUUGCUUAUUCAUUAAUGAGAAGCAAAGGUAAUAUUAAGUGGAAA